AUGUUUGGAUACAUAUAUCUAAUUUAUAGUUGCUUUCUAAUAAACUUUUCAUUUACUUUAUUGACUGUAAACGAGUAUGUUGCUGAUGAUGGUGAUGAUGAUGAUUACCUUGGAGAGUAUCAAGAUAUCGGUAAUAAUACAUGUCAGUCAUUACAGACGAGAUGCUUCUGUGAUGAGUUAUGCAUGAAUGAAUCAGACUGUUGUUCAGAUUAUCCAUUGUUAAAUAACAGUUUGUUAACGGAUGGCAAAAGACAUGAAAUUGUAGAAACAACAUGUAUUCCAAGUACACAUAAAGUAACAGAUGAACCAAGUGGCGAAAGAAAAAAGAAAGAUGAAGAGCUUCAACAAAUCUAUGCUGUUGCAGAUUGUCCAUUGAACACACCAAACAGUUUAGCUCAUCGAUGUAAUCGUUCCAAAGAAAUUGAACUACAUUUUGAUAAUGUAUCUAUUAACAGUGGAUACGACUGGAGUACAUCAGUCACUGAGCAUAUAUCUGGUCUUAUAUCAAAUACAAUUCCAUUUCAUAUAAAAAAAUCAGAUAUACGUGUUAUUGCUCCGGUGGUUUCAGUAAAAACUGGUCGUGUAUACGCGAAUAUUGAUUGUGCUCAAUGUCAUGGUGAGCUGAAAAUUAUACCCGGUGAAGAUUUCAAUGAUUACAUACGAAGAAAUUUGAAAUUUUAUACAGUAAAAUUUCUUUGUCGUCUAUCCUACAAAGAUCAAAGAAUUUGCCUUGUUAGCUCAACAUUACCACCAAGUUUGUCAAGGCCUUGUGGAGUAUCGGUUCAAUAUUAUAACAUCCCAUCAAAUGUGUUGAGACAUCGUAUAAAAUGGCAUGAAUUCUUAGCUGUACCAGAAAAGUAUUUAGGUUUCGAAAUAAGUGAAGAGAAGAAGGAAGAGCAGACAACAUUGAAAACGGUUGAAUCUAUCUUGGAUGUUCUUCAAGUGAUUAUCUGUAUCUUUUCAGCUCUAUGCCUUUGUGUAUUGUUGAUAAUCCAUGGUAAGACAAAAUCAUUAAAUCAGCGUGUAUCAAAUCAACUGAUAAUGGGUUUAGCUUCGUCUAUUCUCGGCUUAUUAUUGGUAUAUUUAACAUUGCCUCUAGUAGUUGGACAAAUUAAUGUAUCGAAUCGUUGUAUCUGUGUGACAAUAGCAAUCUUGAUACAUUAUUUCUUCUUAUGUAGUUUUACAUGGAUGUCAACAUUUGGCAUAAGUCUUAUGAACACAUUCGGAGGAACUCAUAUAUUUCAUCUAUGCUUCUCAUAUAUAAAACUGAGAUUAACAAAAUCAGAAAACCGAAAAGAUUCAUUAAAUCGAACAUUUGUUUCUAGUGCUAUGCAAAGUAUGGUUAUUCAGUCAACAAAACGCAACUCGUCUACUUCACCAAAAGCUAUCAUAUUGUUUUCAUUGCUGGCAACAAGUCUACCACUUUGUUUUGUUAUACCUGCUGUAAUCAUCAAUGAAAAAGUUUAUCCAAAUGAGUGUAUACAUGAACAGUAUCUAGCUAAAUUAUUGGGUAAUGAAGUAGAUGAAUCAGUAUGUACUAUAAGCCAAUGGAUAUUAAGUUAUUUGACUCCAGGGUUUUGUCCACCAAAAGAUUGUACAAGACCAUGGUUUACAGUACAUGAAGCAUUUGUUCUAUGGUUUCUAGCGCCGACCACAUUUCUAUUGGUAUUCAACUGUAUCGUUAUCAUUGUUGUUGGCAUUCAUGUUUGGUUUCUCAGUGAAAAUGAACUAAAUGUUUCACCUAAUGACAAGAAUCAAGCUGAAAAUUCUGAUUUUCAUAAGCAAAGUCGGAAAAUGUUGAGAAUAUGUUUCAAGUUAUCGAUAAUUCUAGGUGUCGUCUGGAUAUUUCAAAUAUUAGCCAGCCUACUGCCUUAUGUUCCGCUGAUUGGACGCGUAGCUAGUUUGGUUAGCAGUAGUCAAGGAGCUGCUCUUACAUUUGUUUCUCUUGGAAGUCGAAAAUCUAAACCAGCUGUAACAACUUGUGAUUGGACUAGCAUUUUUACAGUCAGUGGUGGUACUUCUUGUGGGAGUAGUCAACGUGGUAUUAACUGGAUCAAACCUAGAAUAUUUAAAAAUAGUUCAUCAGAAAAACCUGACAUAAAUUUACAGUCCACUAAUUGUGAAGAUUGCUAAAUUGCAAUUUGUUAUUGUGUCGUCCCUGGGUAAUGAAAGCCUAGAUGCGUGAAAAUUUCAUCAAACUUCAUUCACGUACUAACAAUUAUUCAGUAGCAUAAUUAAAUGCGGAGUCAUUUUACUCAGUGAUAUUCACAUUAAACUCAUUCACUUAAACGUGUCGUUUACGACCAUACUUCACCU